AUGGCAGCCAUUUGCUUGUAUUUAGAUGUUUUAGGUAGUUGGUACUGGAGGAAGAUUGUAGCUCUAAAAGGCUUGCUAUUGAAUCUAGUUGAUCCUACAACCUUUACUCUAAAGAAAUACAAUGUUGCAGAUGGCUACAAAUGGCUAUGGCCCACGGUUUCGAGAGUCAAAGGGAGUAAAGAAGUUUGGAAUCGCUUGAAUACCCCCAAGCACAGCUUUGUCUUCUGGCUUGCCAUUCAAAACAGAUUAAAGACCAGAGAUAGGCUGCUCAGAUUUCAGAUCACAACAGAUCCUUCAUGUUUGCUUUGCUCGGGGAAUGCUGAAACUUGUGAGCACUUGUUUUUUCACUGCCCUUUCUCUAAUGAAUGCUUACAACAAAUCAAGAAUUGGCUGGGUUGGAAGACACCAGCAACAUCUUUAAUGGACCUCGUGCGUGUUAUAGAGAAAAGACCAUACUCUGCCUUCCGAAAGCAGGUAUUUGCUGCUGCUUGUGCUGCCCUUUUGUAUCAAAUAUGGAGGAAUAGGAAUGCUCGACUAUGGCAGCAGAAGCAAGAAGACCCGAAGACCAUUGCGGACACGUGGCAGACGCUGAAUGGGAGAGGAGCUGACGGGUGGACGGGUGGCGGGCGCUGA